AUGGCCAAGAAGAAGUCUACCGAAGGAGCUAUAGCACUCCAACCUUCAGCAGGUAAAAAGCUCACUUUCGACGAUUUCGACGACGAUACCAUCGAUCAAGUGAACGCCACUACAUCCUCACCAAGGAACCAGGAUAUACAAGAAGAGGGGAAAGACGGAGAGUGGACGGAUGAAGAUAGCGACGAUGAUGAUGCACCUGAAGCUGUAGGGAUGAGUAGGGCUAUGGAGGAGGAGAAGAGGAUUGCGGAGAGGGAAGCUGCGCUGAACGCAAACCGAAAAGCAGCUGCCAAAGCUCGUUCUCAAGCUAUCUCACAAGCUAAAGCUGAAUCGUCAACCAAAGGUAAAGGAAAGGGUAAGAAUGUACCUAAUCCCCCCAAGUCGAAGUCCCAGAAGAUACGUCAACCUAAAUCUGAUCCAGAGUCCGAAGAAGACAAUGAGGAUGAAGAUGAGGAGACAAAGAGAUUGAGAAGGAGAAUGGAAGCUGCUAUGGCUCAAGCGUCAAAUGAUGAUUCAGAAUUGGACGAAGAUGAUGAUGAAGAUGCGGACGACGACGAAGAAGAAGCAAGUGAGGAUGAGGGCGUGGAAGAGGAAGAAGAGGAUCAACAGUCGUUCCAUACCGACUCGGAGGAUGAAGAGGGUGAUCCAGAAGAAGGGAACGAAACGGAUGAUUCCGAAGAUUUGUCAACGGUCAAAAUAGAUGAAUCGUUAAAAGGGAAAUUCGCAGCUAUGCAAGCAAUGAUGGAGGCUGCUGAAUCUCGAGCCAAGGGCAGUACUAGCACAGGUGGUCCAAGUAAUGCCAAGAAAGCGGAGAAGAAGAGGAAAGUCAGUCAAGAGGACCCAGAGUCAUCCGAUUCCGCCUCGGAGUCGGGAAGUUCAGGUGAACCGCAAAAAGAGGAUGAUGAAACCCAAUGGGAUUUGAUACCUGGUGCACCAAAACCACUAUCUAAAGCUGUAUUAGCCCGAGCAGAGCAGCUGGAAAAAGCCAAAAAGGAGUACAAUCAAUUGAAAGUUGAGGAGUUGAAUAAGCAGAUUCAGGAGGCCGGGAAGAGAAGUAAAAAGAGGAGAAAGGUGAUCAAGGAGAAGACAGAGAAGAAAAUUUCUGAUAAAACCACCUUGCAAAUCUUACCGCCCACAUUCAACCCCUCCACCACAUCCUUACCGCCGCUCAUAGAUCCCCGUCGGAAGGUAUCGGCAAGACCUGCUGGAAAGGCAUCGAAGGAUAAAUUCAUGAAGAGGGCUAUGAAUAAUUCGGGCGUAGUUCCUGGUAGAGGUAUGGUGGACGGUAGAAGGAAGAUAGUGAUUUGA